CACUUCCGUGGCGUACAUAAGCACGGCGUUAGCAGCUAGCAAGUUGGAUUAUCUUUUGUUGUGACUAGUUGUGUUCAGGUGUUCGGAAAAGUUUAAGUUGAGUUAUCUAACGUUAUUUGUCUAAGAACAGUGUUGAUAGUUUAGAAAUAUGUCGGACAAACUUGAUAUGUCAUUGGAUGAGAUCAUCAAACAAGAUAAAACACAGAAAGGCGGUGGAAGACCUCGCAGAGGAAGCGGCAGCCGUGGUGGCUCUCGAAGCGGAUCGGGUCCAACUAGACAAAGUCGACAAAAUUUCAACCGGGACAGACCGAGACAGACUCCAUAUUCCAGGCCCAGAGAACUACCAGACAAAUGGCAGCAUGACAUGUUUGAUGAUGGAUUUGGAAGCAGCAAAGCUGAAAGGAGAGACACCAGUCCAGUUAUUGGUUUGGAGACUAGUGGGAAACUGAUGGUGUCCAACCUGGACUUUGGGGUGUCCGAUGCAGACAUAAAGGAGUUAUUUAAGGAAUUUGGCACUUUGACAAAAGCAGCGGUGCACUACGACCGAUCAGGCCGCAGCCUGGGAACAGCCGACGUCCACUUCGAGAAGAAAGCAGAGGCGCUCAAGGCUAUGAAGCAUUACAAUGGUGUCCCCCUUGAUGGUCGCACCAUGGACAUCGAGCUGGUGACGGGGCAGAUGUCUUCAAGCCGGAGGUCACCAUCAAGGCAAAGCUUCAACGAAGGAGGACGAGGAGGGGACCGGCAUUCUGAUGAGAGUGGAGUGAAGAGACGGGUUCGACUUGGAGCUCGUGACUCUGAUUCUACUGGGUCUGUCAAACGGGAUCGACUCGGUGUGAGGGACCCUGAUUUCGGGAGAUCGAUGAGGCGUGGUGGCGGCGGAGGAGGAGGAGGAGGAGGAGGAGGUGGUGGCGGUGGUGGUGGCGGCGGCUACCGAGGGAGAGGAGGGCGAGGUGGACGACGAAACGACACCAAACAGCUCACUGCAGAGGAGCUGGAUGCACAGCUAGAUGCCUACAACGCCAAGAUGGAUACCAGUUAAGCAGCAUCUGCUGCCAGCGCUUGAAACUAGCCAUUCCCUUCUCCUACAGAGAAAUGCCAGUCUCAGACCUCAGGAUGGACAGUCUUUGUUUUUUGAAAGAAUUGGACCUUACAUGGGGUUGUGUACACAGUUGAUCAGUCUACGGAGAGCUUUUAAGUUUUUAUGAUUUUAAUUUUUCCAGCCCUGUAUAAUUUUAUGCUCUCAAGGACUACACAUUUUAAAAUACAUAGUGGGUUUCUGUAAUCAAUGUUGGUUUUUGUAAUCCUGUAUUAAACCUACUGUGCCUUUGUA